AUGGCAAAGAGUGAGAUGAAAAAUGUUAUUAUGAUUAUGAUGAUGCUGAUUUUGGCAGAAGCUAGUUAUUCUCUUACGAGAGAGUCUCCGAAUAGUAUUGGCAGUGUAGUGAAAUGUGCUGGCGAAUGUGCUGUAAAAUGUGGAGAUCAUUUGGGAGAUGAAAUCAAGUAUGCAGAAUGUUUUGCUGGAUGUAUUAUAUUUACAUGCCAUAUAAUUUCAUUGCAGGCUGCAUAUGAUUGUACUACUCGUUGUGCUUAUUCAAAACUCAAUAAUAUUAAUACUGAUGCUCGUGAUGUCAAUGGAAUUGUCAAUUCGUGCUUCAAAACUUGCAAGGACAAUACAAUCAAUAAAUCAUAG